AUGGACCAGCUGCUGAAUCUCCUCUAUCUGAACUUCUCUGAGCAACUGAGUCUGCUGGAAGAGAACGGCAUGUCCUGUGGUGAGUCAGUGGGAAACAGCACCUUCCUGAUCGUGGCUUACAGCGCCAUCAUUGCAGUAGGGCUGACGGGCAACCUCUGCCUGGUCUGUGUCAUCGUCCAGCAGAAGGAGAUGAGGAACGUCACCAACAUCUUCAUCGCCAACCUCUCCUUCUCCGAUAUCCUCAUGUCCCUUGUUUGCAUGCCCGUCACAGUCAUUUACACCCUGAUGGAUCACUGGAUCUUGGGAGAAGUGGUCUGCAAGGUCAGCCCCUUUGUUCAGUGUGUUUCAGUCACAGUGUCCAUCCUGUCCCUGGUCUGGAUUGCUCUGGAGAGGCAUCAGCUCAUCAUCAACCCAACUGGGUGGAAACCAGCAGCCAACCAUGCUUAUCUGGCUGUAGCUCUCACCUGGGUGGUGGCCUGCUGCAUUUCCCUGCCCUUCCUGUCCUUCACCAUCUUGACCAAUGAGCCCUUUCAAAACUUAAGCCUUCCCUUCGACUCUUUUGCCAAUCACCUGGUCUGCAUUGAGCACUGGCCCUCUGAUCAGCAUCGCUUGUCCUACACUACCUUCCUCCUGCUCUUCCAAUACUGUCUCCCUUUGCUCCUGAUCCUUGCCUGCUACUUCCGCAUCUUCCUACGCCUUCAACGCCGGAAGGACAUGGUGGAGCGAGCAAAAGAUGGUUCCCGGGCCACUAGCCACCGGAAGGUCAACGUCAUGUUGGCUUGCAUUGUGGUAGCUUUUGCUGCUUGUUGGUUUCCCCUCAUGGUCUUCAAUGCCCUUUAUGACUGGGACCAUGAGAAGAUCUCGGUGUGUUACUACAACUUAAUCUUCUCCCUCUGCCAUCUCAUGGCCAUGGCUUCCACAUGCAUCAACCCCAUCAUCUACGGGUUCCUCAACAGCAAUUUUCAGAAGGAGGUCAAGGCCUUGCUGUAUCGCUGCAGCUGUAGCCGUGAGAAGGAGAAGUAUGAGAGCUUCCCUCUUUCCACUGUCAGCACAGAGGUUUCCAAGGCCUCUCUCCAUAGUGAGGGCGGCACCAGUACCCCUGCAUGA